CUCCCCCUCCCUCUGUGCACCGCUGGCCUACCGCCGCUUCGUGUCAUAGGCAUCAUCACAGCGGCAGACAUUUGGCAAGGCAGGAAGCGGACUGCGGGUUAUGUGGCUGGUCUGGCUGCAUCGGGAGAAGAUAGGACUUUUUUCUGUGAUUACCGCAGUGUUCUUUUUCUCUGUUCUCUGCCAUUUCCGGGCUGUAGAGUGGAUAGCAGCUCAAGGUAUAUUUGAUGGUGAUGCUGAGUACGCGUAUCUGAUUUGACUAGGUCGAGGCCAGGGGGAUCUGUAACAGCUUGGCGGUAGGAUAGAGGGAGGGAGAGCGAGAGAAACCGGGCUGUCCGUGACUGCGUCUGUCUGUAGCGCGCUCCGCGGUUGUGAGUGGACUGUGGUCCCUCAGUGAUUCUCUGCAGUCACUUCGAGUCGUUUUUGGAGGAAGAUGGCGGACAGGGCUGAGAUGUUCUCCCUCUCCACCUUCCACUCCCUCACUCCUCCAGGCUGCAGGCCUUCCCAUGACAUUAGUCUGGAGGAGUUUGAUGAUGAGGAUCUGUCUGAAAUCACAGACGACUGUGGAAUAGGACUCAACUAUGACUCUGAUCCCUACGAGAAGGACUGUCUGAUUCUGGAGAAGAGCGAUAUGCAUCACCCGGUAUGCUCCUUCCAGGACGACUUCCAGGAGUUUGAGAUGAUUGAUGACGAGGAGGAUGAGGAAGAGGAGGUGGACCCUGAUGCUCCCCCCUCCCCCACCGCUUCCCCUCCUUCUUCCCCCACCCUGGGCACGCUGAAGAGCCGGCCCAACACCCUCAACCUCACCACCACUGUCUCACAGGACUCACUGAACAACAACAGCAGUCUUUCUCCAAAGAAGGGCAGCUGGCAGGACUCUCUACGCAACCCCACCUCCCAGGUUCGUCUGUCUCCAACCCACUCUUGUCUGGAGGAUGGGAGUCACGUGACAGGCCAGUGCCCCUCCCAACCAGCCCCCCAGGCCCCAGGGUCCCAGAGCAAAGGUACUCCCCCCAAACAGGCAGGGGAAGGCUCCUACCCCCAGUCCCCUCGCAGGCCCCUCCUCUGCGACAUGGAGGGCAACAGACGGGAGAGGCCUGAAUACGGCUCCUUUGGUCAACACAAGUCUCACCCAGGCUCUGAUGAAGUCAUUAACUCCUCAGCUGACUCUUCAACUCUGAUCUCCAGAGUUCCAUCCCUGGAUGACCAAUCGCAAUGUUCUGACACCGAGGUUGACCACGACCUCAACAGUGCCGACCACAACCACAAACGUUCACCGUCCUGCAUGUCCACCCAGCGACGUGCCACCGACACCUAUACGGUCACCACUGAGUCAGGCCUGGACCCGGAACUGGAGAACGACCCAGACGGGACCAGCCGAUGCCUGUCCUCCACUGCUCCCAUCGGGGGGAACGAUGGAGCUGACACCCCUCUGUCAGAUGAGGAGCUGGAGAAAGAUUUUGACGUAGAGUUCAUGUGUAAGGAGACCUAUGACAUGGUGUGUAAGGAGAGCCAGAGCUCAGUCUACGUUGAGUUCCCCUCCAUCGAGCCCUCUGAGCUGGCUUCCUUCUCCAGCUACAUGUCAUCAAGCCGCUCUGAUGUUCUCAAUCAAUCCCGAAGCACCGAUCAGAGCCAGCGUCCAGGUGCAGCCAAUGAGGUGGCCAAUGACUCCAACUCUCCGUCCUCGGACCCGGGCAUCGCUGACAUGAACGCCAAGCGGUGCUACACCACCUCAGACCAAGACCAGGACCUGAGCUCUCCCGGGUCAGACUCAGACAUCGAGGGGGAGCUAGAGGCAGCAUUCGCCUGCGGAGGACCCCUGGUCUCCAACAUGAUCUCCUCCAUCUCAGAGACAGAGCUGGACCUGACCAGUGAUGACAGUAGUAGUGGACGCUCCUCCCACCUCACCAACUCCAUCGAGGAGGCCAGCUCACCCACCUCCGACCAGGAACUGGACCCGGACACCGAGUUAGAACAGGACAGUGGAAUUGUGGGAAUGAAGGUAUCACUCCUCCUUGGCCAGCCAGACCCCAUCAAAGAGGACUCACCCUUACCUUCACCUUCACAACUCCCCUCCUCCACCCUGGCCACCCCCUCCCCUGUUGACUCCCCCAUCCUGCCCCCAGAGCCCUAUGAUGACGGCCAGGCUCUGAUGGGCCUACAAAGUGUAGAUGAUGAUGAUGACUUGCCCUAUGAGCACCAGGCCGACCCAGAUGAGACCCUGCCCCCAGCCCAGCGCUGUGAGGACAGCAUGUCCAGACAGAUGGUCCUCCAGAUAGAACCAGACCACAGCCUGGAGAGCUUCAAACGCUCGUUCUACCUGCCAGUAGGAUCCAGACUCAUACCCACCCACGCUGACGACUACGACGGGAACAGUGAGGGAGGGUCAGAGUCGGAGAGCGAGGACGAGCUGAGCGAGAAUUCAGACUCACCCUGGUUGCUUAGCAACCUGGUGAACAAGAUGAUCUCGGAGGGGUCUUAUCCAAUCAGCUGUCCCGAGGACUGUUUCAAGAGGUCAGUGUCCAUCUCGGACACCAUCUCACCCUCCUCGGACAUCGAGCCAGACGCGUUCACCGAAGCCGCGGACGAACAAGUGCAGAAAUCUGGGACGAAGAGAUUGGAGGAGGAGGAUAAAGAAAGGAGGGGCCUAAGGAAGGAAGGGAAGGAGAGAGAGAAGAGGGAGAAGAGUGCAGAGCCACCCAAAGGGAAUGCAGGGAAAGUCAACGAUAGAUUCAGCCCCUGUCUGUUCAUGAACAAUCCUACAGCUGACACCAUCAGACCGGUGAUUGUGGAGCGCUAUGGCAACAGGGUAUCCACAGACAACAACCACACUCAGGACUCUGAGAAAGACUUCACCAGCCCUAAAUCAGGCAAAAACACAAAGAGGAAGGAUGAGGAAAUGGAUGAUGAAGAUACUGUGGAGCCUGAUAACGACCUGAUGAUGCUGGAGGGGAGGAAGGAGCUGGACUCUCCCAGUCUGAGUGAGAGCAUGGCGAGCGACAAGGACGAGGGCCGCGAGACGGAGGCCAAGCCCACCGGACACUCUACGGCCUCCCUGGAACGCAUCACCACAGUCAAACACAGCAUGACCUUGGACAUCCCCACGGCCCAGACCAACCGAUGCUUCAGUCUCACCUACUCCACCGACAACGACGAGGAAGAGGAGGAGGAAGAGGAAGGAGACUGCUCCCCGUUCCUGAGCUGCCUGAGGAAGCAGUCAUCCUAUCAUGGCAGCAACCAAUACCUGGACAGCUCCCCGCCUAUCGAUGAGAGCGUCCGGGACCUCCCCCUGUCAGAGCAGGACCCCCACCUGUGUGUGAGGGACCUCCCCCUGCAGGCCCUGCGGUCCAGGCCGGAUGAUGAUGGUCUGGCGUACGACUCCAUGAAGUACACUCUGGUGGUGGAUGAGAACACUACACUGGAACUGGUCAGCCUCAGGAGAUGUACCUCAGUGCUGAGUGACGACAGUGAGCUGUCUACACUGUGUGAUGAUGACCCUCUUGGGACGGGGGAGGUGGGGAACGGCCGGGGGAACGGAGGGGUGCAGCCAGAACUCCUCAGCUCGUCAGAAGACUCCUCCCCCGAGGCUGACAUGCACUUCUCCAAGAAGUUCCUUAAUGUGUUUGUCAACAGCACCUCACGAUCCUCCAGUACAGAGUCGUUUGGGCUGUUCUCCUGUACCAUCAAUGGAGAAGAGAGGGACCAGACACACAGGGCUGUCUACAGGUUUAUCCCCAGACAUGUGGAUGAGUUGGAGCUGGAUGUGGACGACCCUCUGUAUGUCGAGGAAGAGGAGGAUGACUACUGGUACAGAGGCUACAACAUGCGGACGGGAGAGAGGGGGAUAUUCCCUGCCUUCUACGCCCAUGAGGUCAUAGGGCAGUCCAAGGAAAUAAUGGGAAUGAAGAGGAACCCAGCCUGGAUGGACAGUUUCAGCGUUCAGUUCCUGGGUUCUGUGGAAGUGCCCUAUCACCAAGGCAAUGGCAUCCUCUGUGCUGCCAUGCAAAAGAUUGCGAUAGCGAGGAAGCGGACGGUCCAUUUGCGGCCCCCCUCUCUGUGUGAGCUGGAGAUCAGUCUACAAGGGGUUAAACUGGUGAUGAGCCUGGAGGACGAAUAUGACACUAUGGAUGAGUUUGACAGAUGUAGUCACUUCUUCCAGAUGAAGAACAUCUCUUUCUGUGGCUGCCAUCCUAAAAACAAUUGCUACUUUGGCUUCAUCACUAAGCACCCCAUGCUGAACAGGUUCGCCUGCCACGUCUUCGUCUCCCAGGAGUCAAUGCGGCUUGUGGCAGAGAGUGUUGGACGGGCUUUCCAGGAGUAUUACCAGGAGCACCUGGAGUACGCCUGCCCCACUGAAGACAUCUACCUGGAGUAGAGCAGGCAGGAAGUAGGAAGUGUUGCCAUGACAACAGUCUUCUCUUCUUCCUCCUGCUGCUGCUUGUAUGUUUAUCAAUCUCAAUCACCAGAUGCUGGUGGCUCUUCUUCUCUCCAUUGCAAAAUACCCCCUAUAUCUCUCUCUAAAACUGAAAUGUUAAUUUCAGUUCUACAGUAUGCUACGUGUUUUAUUUAUUGAUUCAUUUGUUUGUUUAUUUUCCCUCUUCUAGAUGGAUUGCCUAUUUCUUUGACCUUUUUUUCUAUGAUACAGUUAUAGGAAUAAGAGGCUUGGCACCUGUUAUUUUAGAUAUGAUGCAUCCUCGGUUUAAAAAACAAGUACAACAAUUACAUUCCUACUACUGCUUUUUCACAUGUUCCAAUGCAUGGUUAGGAGGGUAAUGCACACACAAACACACACAGAGCUAUUAGGACACAAAACCAGCUCAACAUUGAAGAGGACCUGGAUCAUAUUAUUUGGUCAGAUGUGGUUUGGUGUAAAUAUGUAAUUGCUCAAUAUCGACAAACUGCUGUUAGACUGAUAGUUACAUUGGAGCGAAGUAGAGCGAGAGUACAGUCUUGGUCCGAGCUAACCCCUUUAUUGUAUUUGAGACAUUGUGUGUUCUGUAAAUAUAUGUAUAGGCAGUAGAGAAAUACAGACACCUCAUGCAUAUAAACUAUGUAAGUAGCAUCCACAACCAAUAAUCAAACAAGAUGAAGAGAAGAAAGAAAAUGAAAUAGGAAGGAAGAGAGGGAUGAUGUUUUAGCCCAGUGUUUAUCAAACGGUGGGUCGGGAACCAUUGGUGGGAGUGGGACUAUUUCAGAGAGCUUAUCCUUUCACUGGUUGUGUUGUGGCAUAUGCCUGGUUACAUUUCACUUCUCUAGUCCCUUCCCCUAGCUUAUUUGAAGUCCACCAUUUUGAAAUCCAUAGUUUUGAAAUUUGCUGGCGUCAGAUCUGAAAGAACCGGGCAGGUGUGAGCGAUGUGGUGAUGGCCACACUUAGCCCUUCAAUGGAGCUAAAUGGAGUUUCCAUCAUAUUUCUUACACCUAUCCAGAUUCUUUCAGAUCUGUGUGUAAAUACUGAAUAUGAGCUAGGGGAAGGGACUAGGGGCCAAAAUGGAAUGAAGCCUCAGUUUUGCAAUGGAGGCUCUUCAUCAUGUUGGUCAUUUUGACAAUUAAAAGGUUCUGACUUAAGUUGACAAUGUUGAUCUGAAAGUAAGCCCUGACUACCAUGUUCCAGAACAGUCGCAGUAGUCAUCUGUCACCGGAAAACAGCUUCACUAAUCAAAUCUCCAGACACAGCUGAAUGGCAGGAAGAGGUUGCUAUGGAAACUGGGGUGAAAACUGUCAGCACGUUGGGAACAGAGAGCGAGAAUAAAUAAUAAUUUAGCUUCUGGACUUCUAAUGGUGGAAAUACAGUAUAAUAGAAAUGACCAGUUAUAUUCAUUUCCAUCUGAUCCAACAAUGAAGUGUCCUGAUGUACAGAUACUACCCAAUGUUUAGAGAUAAUCAGUCUGAAUAUCAGGUCGAGGACAGUUGGUCCUCUUCAGAAGCCAUAAUCCCACGGGUCCGAUAAUUCAACACUACUAUCCAAAGCGACUUACAGUCAUGCGUGCAUACAUUUUUUUUUUGUGUAUGGGUGGUCCUCUGUAGCUCA